UAUAACCAAAUGAAACCAAGACUAAAUCAAGAUUUUACUCAAUUUUAACCAUGUCUUGAAUAUAUGAGGCCAAAACCAGUUCUAAACAAUGAGUAAACUUCAGAGCUAAACUUCAAAAGAAAACUGCUUACCUAGCUGUGCCCACAUCACCAGUUUGAGAACCACUGACUGUCAGUGGGGUGACGUAUAUCGGCAACAGAUAGAGACUGAGAUGGGACGCUCAAACCAAAACCCCAAAUCCAAAGAAAUGGCUGAUGAAAGUCCAGUAAAAAAAAAGUUUUUGGGCUCAGAGAAGCCCCCCUUUAGUAAGAUGGGUGUCCUGGGUCAGGGGCUCAAACAGCUGAUCCAGAAGAGGAGCAAACGCUUGUCUGUGUCACAGUCCAUCACACAGUCCUCUUCAUCAUCUUCAUCUGUGGUGUUAGCAGGAGGCAGUGCCCCCUUGUGGGCUCAAGAGGAUGUCCUGGGAUACGGCCCUGAUCAGUCCUCCCUUUUGGCUGCCUCUGCUGCAGGACGGGGCUCAGGGACAGUGGGCAUGAUGCGGAGGGGCACCAGCCUACAAAGCCGCCGUAGUAAGGCCAGCUCUGGAAACGGAGACAAGGACCCAUUGCUGAGAGGAAGUCCCCAAGCGCCCAUCCGACGUCACACCCAUGACCCUCAGCACCAUGUGAGCAGGCCCAGAUCAUCCUCCAGCAACACAGACAGCGCCCCCUGCAGUCCAGCACCCUCUACUGUCCCCUGUGAUGUACUGCUGUCCUCAGGAUAUCACUCUACAGAGGAGUCAGACCGGAUUGACCGCCUGGAGGUGAGUGCCCUCUCUCAGACGCCGCUGGCCGUGUCUUGUGGGGCAGACGGUUCCUAUCCUGGGGCAGACGAUGGCACCCCAGACCCUCAGCGCACCAAGCAGGCCAUCGCCCAACUGCAGCAGAAGAUCCUCAAACUCACAGAGCAGAUCAAAAUCGAACAAACCGCUCGAGAUGACAACGUGGCGGAGUACCUCAAGCUGGCCAACAAUGCGGAUAAGCAACAGAGCUCACGCAUCAAGCAGGUUUUUGAAAAGAAGAACCAGAAGUCAGCACAGACCAUCCAGCAGCUACAGCGCAAACUGGAGCACUACCACCGAAAACUGCGUGAGGUAGAGCACAACGGCAUCCCACGCCAGCCCAAGGAUGUCCUGCGGGACAUGCACCAGGGCCUGAAGGACGUAGGGGCCAAAGUGACCGGGUUCAGCGAAGGAGUGGUAGACAGCGUUAAGGGGGGACUGUCCAGUUUCUCCCAGGCUACUCACUCUGCCGCUGGUGCUGUGGUCUCUAAACCAAGAGAGAUUGCAUCCCUCAUCCGCAACAAAUUCGGAAGUGCAGACAACAUCCCUUCUCUGAAAGACUCUCUUGAUGACCCCACAGUUGAAGAGGCUGUGGCUGUAGUUGGUGGACGAUCUUUAGGGCACCAUUUUCAGUCUAGUCCAAAAUAUGGUAGUGAAGAUGAUUGUUCAAGCGCAACAUCGGGAUCGGCAGGGGCCAACAGUAUGACAGGGGCGCCAGGUGGUCCCCCCAGUUCCAAAGGCAACACGAUGGAGAGGAGUCAAAGUUUGGGUUUUGACAUGCUGCUACAGGAGGUGCAGGAGUUGAGGGAGAGUCAGGCUAGAGUAGAGGAGCACCUGGAAAGUCUUAAGGCUCACUAUCAGAGAGACUAUACCGUUAUCAUGCAAGCGCUGCAAGAGGAGCGAUUCAGGUGUGAGAGAUUGGAGGAGCAGCUGAACGACCUCACUGAACUUCAUCAGAACGAGAUCCUCAACCUGAAACAAGAGUUAGCCAGUAUGGAGGAAAAGAUUGCCUACCAGUCAUACGAGAGAGCCAGAGACAUACAGGAGGCACUGGAGGCAUGUCAGACCAGAAUCUCCAAAAUGGAGCUGCAACAGCAACAGCAGCAGGUGGUGCAGCUGGAGGGGCUGGAGAACGCCACGGCCCGAACCCUCUUGGGGAAACUCAUCAACGUGUUGCUGGCCCUCAUGGCCGUCCUCCUGGUCUUUGUCUCAACUGUGGCCAACUGUGUGGUGCCCCUGAUGAGGACGCGCUCACGCUCUCUGUCCACACUGCUGCUAAUCGUGCUACUGGCCUUCCUCUGGAGGAACUGGGAUGCUCUGUCAGGAUACACCCACCGUGCACUGCAGCCUCCAGGGUGAACCCAAACCAGCCCGGCACUGAUGACUUCUAGUGCUUUGGUGACAACAGUUGAAGCGAGCGUCACUGCAGCCAUGUGGGACACUUGUAAAUGUGAUGGACAGUGACAGUGACGGUGUCUGAAGCUGAAAACCCGUCCAGACACAGAGACCGUUGUAUUACGAUGAUCAGAGGCAGAAACUGUGAAGUGAAGUACAUGAUUCUCAUGUCGAAGGAAAAGACUGUUUACAUUUUAGAAAUGAACUCUUAGUCCUUACAGGAUACAGCACUGUACCAUUUUAUGUUUAGAUUUUAAUCAAUUAUUAUGAUAUAAUUUCUAAUAUGAAUAUUUAUAAUAGUACCAUGUAGCAUUAUGGUCAUUUUACUCUGCAGGAGUUUAGUCUGGACACUGGGCUGGCCAUGGCCAUGGUGUGAUGAUGAGUUGAUUUUGGAAAGAAAGAAGGAUUUUUAAAAAAAGCAACAUUAAAUGGCGGAUCUUAUCAGCUAAUAUCUGCAAAGCCUCAGAUUUGAUAAAAAAAUACAAAACUGAAAUUGUAAAAAAAAAAUUAUUAUUAUUUUAGGGUGAACCUGCCAUAUUUGCAACAUGUCUAACAUGCUGCCAGUUUCUUAAGGAGUCAAAGUUUGCUCAUAAAGCAGUAUUAACCAGUCACAGUAAGGUUUAUUUGCUGCGGUCAUUCGCUGAGCCAUAGCUGUUUUGGUGCUCCAUCGCCAUUCACUGGAAAAGGAGAGCUGCUUUAUACCACUCUGUCAGGUGCACAUUACCAAGGAAUCUUCACAUACUCACCAGAUAUAAUCACUAACUCCUCUUUUACCAUAUUGUUUUUGUGUCCUCAUCCAGUGCCAUACCUUGGUCUACCCCGAGGCUAUCAGUGCACAAAACUGAAAGAACCUUAGAUAAAAUAAGUAAAAGAAAGUUUAUCAAAUGUCUAAAUACUCAUUAAUUUGUCUUUUGAGAGAUGUUUGUUAUGAAUGAAAGUGUGACUUGAUAGUGACUUCCUUUUUGUUUCUUACUCAUUCAUUAUUCCCUUAGAUUUUCAGUAUUUGCUACCAUUUUUAUUAGUGAAGGGCAACUAUUUGCUCUGAGGAGCAGAAGAUAAAGCGAGACCAUUCAAAGUACGUUAGCGCUGCACUUUAGCACACAGCUGAUAACGCGUGUCAGGCGGAGACGGGGUGGGGGUACUGUGAUCGGGACUUCAAAGGUUGCCACUCCUAAGACAGUAGUCCUCCUGGGAUAAGAGAGAGGCGGCCUCAGGUCAGAAUCACUGUCAGCUCUGUCUUAAGUUAAAAUCCAUAGACACUAUACACUUCAUGUCAAAACGUCAAUAAAUCUUUACUCUUAAAUGAAAGAAGGAAAUUGCAAUGAUAGUGACAGUGAUAGUGAUAUUUUUCAAUGAGCAAAAUUAACAAUGAGCUUAAGUCAGAAUUCAAUUAUUAUUAACCUGAAAUUAUUUAAUAAAAUCAGCACCGCAGCUAUUUAUUGUCUUUUUCAAUGUGUGAAAAUAAUAGAAUUUAUGAUGCAUUGUUACACCUGUGUCAUUUUCCCUUGCUAAAUGCUGAUUGCAGGCAGGUUUAGAGUGAGAGUGAGCCUGAUCUCACAGAUAUGGAAAUGUCUGGGUAAUGAUAAUGUAAGGCUGUGUGCUACCACUCCAGUGCCUUCAAUUUCAUUUUGUAAGUGUGGAUUAAAUAAAGUGCAUUCCUGACUAACACAA